GACAACCAAUCUAACGUUUUGAAAACUUCAAUAAUCAACAGAACGUUGCUUUGAUAUCUGUUCAUUUGGCACUUUUAAAUUGUGAAUGUUGAAAGAACACGAUCAUCAAUUAUUAAUGAGUCUUCUACUACAACAAAACAAAGCUACGGGGGGUGCGGUCUUUCCUAUAGCCGAGAACGGAAGCGGAAAUUCGGCCAUCUCCUCGUACAGUCAAGCUACAACAGGUUUUCAUCUCGCAACGCCUGAGGAUUUCGGGACUCAAUGUUGCCACGGGAAGAAACGGACAAACUGAGAAAUAGCACUCCGUGAAUGAGUGGCACACAAGCCAGAAACACAAAAGAUCUCAAGAGGAGAACCCCUUAUUCUGCAUCAUCUUGUGUAACAGAUCGCAAUAGAACUCGACGGCCAGACCGUUGCCAUGUCGACCUCAUCGCUACGGCGACAAGUAAAGAACAUGGUCCACAACUAUUCAGAGGCUGAAAUCAAGGUUAGAGAGGCGACAUCCAAUGACCCGUGGGGCCCCAGCAGCUCUCUGAUGUCAGAGAUUGCUGAUCUGACAUACAAUGUUGUGGCCUUCUCGGAAAUCAUGAGCAUGGUGUGGAAGCGCCUCAAUGACCACGGCAAGAACUGGAGACACGUGUACAAGGCUAUGACUCUUAUGGAGUACCUGAUCAAGACUGGUUCAGAACGUGUUGCCCAACAGUGCCGAGAGAAUAUAUACGCAGUGCAGACCCUGAAGGAUUUUCAAUUCAUAGACCGGGACGGCAAAGACCAGGGGGUGAAUGUGCGAGAGAAGGCCAAACAGCUGGUGACUCUGCUGAAAGAUGAGGAGAGACUAAGAGAGGAGAGGAUCCACGCCCUCAAAACCAAAGAGAAGAUGGCACAGACCUCCAGCGGUGAGAUUGCCUCCUCAGCUCCCUCAGCACCCAGCCUGGGGGGCAGCCUGUCAGCGGGCUCCCACUCUGGAGGGGCGGACCCUGAGCAGGCCUGGCCACAGAGCACCGGGGAGGAAGAUCUGCAGCUCCAGCUGGCCUUAGCCAUGAGUAAAGAAGAGGCAGAGCAGCUCCAGCUUUGCACUCACCAUGCCAUGCCUGACCUACCCCAGACUGGCAAGGACCCUCUGGAGGACGCAGAGCUCUGCUAUGCAAUCACACUCAGCAAAGAGGCACAACAAAAGGAAGAGCGACUGCGUAGAGGUGAUGACCUGAGACUGCAGAUGGCCCUCGAGGAGAGCAGGAGGGAGAAAUCUAAGCCUGAGGAGGGGGCUCUGAUGGAGCUGAGUGCCGCGGACCCCUGGGGGGCCCCGGCCGCUGCCACAGCGGGGAGCUCCGCCGGCCCGUCGCCUCCCUGCACGCUUCCUGCCCCGACCGCCUCGGGUCCGUGGGGCCCCGCCCCUGCUGACCCAUGGGGGGUAGCGUCACCGACAUCGCCUACGAGUUCUGACCCGUGGCGCGGGGGAGCCCCACCCACUAUAGCCCCUCCUCCUCCCGACCCCUGGGGAGAGACGUCCAACAGGGUUAACAAUGUCGACCCCUGGGGGAGCUCAGCUGUGACCCCCCCCAGUGCCGACCCCUGGGGUCCCUCAGUUCCACCCAGCACGUCCUCCUCGGGGGGGCCAGUAGACCCCUGGGCAAGGGACGGGCCUGUCCUUGUCUCUGACCCUGUCACCUCCGACAUCUGGAGUGGCACCGCCAAACACACAAAUGGCACAGGAGACCCAGAGCGACGAGGGUCCCCAGCCACAGGCUGUGACAGCACAGGCUCCCCGGUGCCCUUUGACCUGUCGUCUCUUGGUUCUUCACUUCCUGUUCGUAAGACUCCCGAGUCCUUCCUCGGCCCCAACGCAGCGCUGGUGGAUCUUGAUUCCCUGUUGUCGUCUAAACCCAAACCCAAACAACCACCGCCUCCUUCCAUCUCGUCCUCUUCAGCGCACAACCCCUUCCUCCAGAACACAGGCUCAUCUCCUGCUCCUGGCAUGGCAGUGACUCCGGGCAGCACCAUUUCCAGCAGGGGGGUUUCUCCAAUACCGGCCUCCUCCAACCCUUUUGGCGUGGCUCCGUCCAUGACCUCCAUCUCGCCUCAGCCCUCGUCACUUGGCCUGAGCCUCCGCUCCAGUCCCGUGCCCACCAACCCCAUGCUGGGCAUGGUGCAUCCGGGAAUGGGCCUGGGGCAAAUGAGUGUGGGAAUGGGUGCUCCAGGAAUGGGCCUGGGCAUGAUGCAGGCCAGCCCCAUGGGCAUGCCCUACAGCGGGCUCUCGCCCAUGGCCCCCCCGGGCUCGUCCCUGUUAGCCGCAGCACCCCCUCAGCUGAUUUUGGGUGGGCCCACUGGAACAGGAGGAGUGAUGGGAGCAGGGGGCUCACUGGGAGCUGGAGCAACGACGGGAGCGAGCACCAACCCCUUUCUUCUCUGAGGAAGUGUCACCUCCACUUCGCUCACCUGUUUCGAGCUCCUCUGCCGUACCUGCUGGCCCCUUGAUUCACCCCCACCCCCCCCCCUCCCAACACGAUUUGUGUCCAAAAAGAAAAAUGUGUACAUCUAUAUAUUUAAAGAAAAAAUGAAAAAAGAAAAAAUUCAGUUUAUCUUUUCCUUAAAAUAAUUCAUUUCUAAAUAAUUCACCACAUUUAGUUCCUUUCAUUUCAGUUUGGGUUUGUGGGCGGGAAAUAGAGAUCUAUUUAUUUUUGUUUUAAUCCUGUUCUGUAUUGCUCCUCAUGUUGUGGUUUUUUUCAGUCCUGUCUUCAGAUGAAGGUAAGUCUGUGAGAGCAAGAGGCUUUUUUUCCCAGUAGUGUCAUACUACUGCUGUAAUAUUACUGCACUGAGAGGGAGGUGGAGGUGGAGGGGACAUAGCCACUAACAGACUGAACAGAGAAACUGUUGAACCUCCCUCUUCUCUCCCUCUACAACACAUACAAACACUGAAUCACUGAAAUGAAAAGAGUGCAUGAAGGAUCAGUUUUUAAAUGAACCCACGCGGUCAGUAAGAAAAACGGAUUGAAGAACCCGCAUUAACUAUUCAGCCACAACGUUGUCAAAUCGUUUCAAUUAUUUCACUUUUAAUUUAAUUCAAUGUUGAAAUUAACUUAUUUUCUUUUUCCAAUUUUUCGGGGAACAGAUGAACAAGAAAUCACACAAUGCCAUUCAAAUCAAAGGAUUUUUUUCUCCCCUCCCUUUAUUGUAGAAAACUCAAGAGAGCACUUAGAUCUGUGGUCUGAUGAUGACAAAGGGUGUGGGAUGUGUGUUGACUGUGCGAAUGACAAUAUGAAUGCUUUUUUGUGAGAAUGCAAUAGUGCAAAUGCCUGUUUGUUUAAACUUAUGUCUCCAAUUCUCUCCUGUGUCAGACCUUAUUUCAGUCACUCAGAAAGGACAUCAAUUAUUUAAAAAAAAAAAAUCACUUGUCACUUGUAUAAAAACUAUGUAAUGUUGGGAUUUCAAAUGAGGUAUUAUAUGGGUCACACAUUUCUCUGCCAAUCAUAUUUGACUAAUUUGGUUUUGUCAAUCACAAGCAUUAGUUUUUUCCCCAAUAACAUUUUUAAAAUGGGGUCCCUGGUGUCCCUGACCCCCCCCUCCCUCCC